UUGUUUAUGGCAGUUUUGGGCCCAACGGACAACAACAAUUUUCUUUAAAGAGUUCAAGUUCGAAUCAAAGCUUUGGCUCCCUGUCUUCUGUUCUCCUCCUCUCAAAUCAAACCAACGAAAAAUCAUACCUGUCUUCUAUUCUGCUCCUCUCGAAUCAAACCAACAAAAAAUCAUAGUAAAAAACUAAUAAAAAGAAAAACCCAAAAACAAAGAAGAUCUUCCCUUUCAAGAUUGUGGGUAUUGAAAAUGACUGCUGGAGUGAUUAAGAAGUUCUUUAUUGCAUCAAUGUUCAUGUGGAUAGCUCCUCUUGCAAUUUUGUAUGGCUUUAACCAUAAUUUUCUUCGUGGUUCAACAGAUUUAUCUCCCCAUGCUAUGACACUGUUGAGUGGGUUCCUUGCUGUAAUAUCAGUCAAUAUAGUUAUUGCAUUCUACAUUUGGAUGGCAAUGAAGGAACCUUCGGAUAAGCAUGAGCCAGAUCCAAAGUUUCUUGCCGAUGCCAAAGCUAGUAUAAGCCAGCCAACAGGUGAAGCCACAACCUCUUCUCAAUCUCAAAAGAAACAAGAAUAGAAUGGAGAGAAUGGAACAAUGGGUUCUGUGUUCAAUGCUUUUGAGACAAGUUGAUUUCUUUCUAUGUUUUGUUGUAUAUUUGGACUCAUUGGCAAUGAUCUUUUUGUAUUAGUCUUGAGAUUUGAUUGCAAUCUCAUUAUUUCUUUUUUUGUUAACUUGUUUUGACCUGCACUUACUGAAAUUAUAUUUAUACUAAUCAUUCAAGUUGUCUCCCCGAA